AUGCCUCCGCCGCCUUCACCAACAUCACCACCAUAUUACUCAAAGUCGACCGUCUCCACAGCCCCAGAGCAAGCUUAUACCAAUAAACGGAAGCGUGAGGAAAAUUCAUUCGAAAAUUCCAAUUGUGUGUCGCCAUACGUAUCUUCGGCAUCCACGAAUGAAUCAAGGGCAAAACCUUUAGCUUCUCAUGAGGAAUAUGGUUCCGUUUCGGGCCAUACUGGCGAUCCAGAAUGGCACCGCAAAUACUAUUAUGGUAAUGGCGAAUCUCGUUGGCUCAACCCACAAAAUAUAUCAAUCCUGAACUCCCAGAAUGAGAAAUUCGCUCAAGAAUUGGUAUCGCCGAAAUCAAUACCACUUGAAUAUCAACCCAUAUCGACACCAUAUGCAUAUUCCUCGAUGCAGAAAGAACGAAUUUCUCAACCAUCUACUAUGCCUGAGAAGUUACCUACAUCCGUCACAGGCAUUCAACCUUCGCGAUCUUCCUCUAUGGAUUCAUCAAGGCCCACGACGAAUCCACAAUCGGUAGCCGCGGUUGCGCCUACCAGAAACAUUUCUCCAUCUCCACCUCCGCCUCCCCCUUCUCACGUAAGUGCAGCAGAUAUACGCCGCAGGCCUUCGCUUUACAGGAUACCUGCAUGGCAACCUUCGACAGAUACUAACCAAACCUCUCCCUCUGUAUCUCUCGAUGAACGUCAAAAUAAAACAUACAAUGAUAUGAUUAACAAUUCACAAACCCACCACUCAACCAUACCCCAACAACCAAAAUCCAUCACUUCCUACACACCAAACGCCGCCUUAUCUUCCCUGCAAAAUCCAAUACCACAACCACCAAGACGAAAAACGACCGCACCGAACCACUCAUCAAACCUAAUUACAGACAUAGCCCAGACAAGUCAAUAUACCUUUCCAUUCGCAGCUGUUGCUGCUAGACAUAAUAAACCCAUUCAAAAAGUUCUGGAUACUUUCUCGGCGAUUAUUCAAUUGCCGUUGUUGAAAGAGGCGGUUGAUGGGGGGAGAUGUAGUUUGUUGGGGAGUGAGAGGAUGAGAUGGUAUAGGGAGGCUAUGAGGGCUUUUGAGAGGGCGAAUGGAGAGGAGGAGAGGGUGGAUAGAGAGGAGGAGAAGGAGAAGGUGGAGGCGAAGAGUGGAAGGAGGAAUGGGGGAUGA